GGAGUUUUGGAAAUUUUGUUUUUGUUGUGAAAUAGUGAAGAAAAAUCAAGUUUUCCUGUGAAAAACAGUGAAAAUGCAUCGUCUGGAUGAUUGGGAAAAAGCCGGAUUGCAUGAUUUCUUCACAUCUGACAUCCGAGCGGAAGCAAUUGCCGUGGAUAUGGCUAAAAAUCUCCUAACUCUCGUCUGUGUAGCACCCCCCAAAUCAUCAGCAGAUGCAAUUGAAAAGGUCAUACACUACUGUGACUCCGUGCAGAAAAUCCUGGACAAGAAGGCUGUAACAAAGGACAUUCUGGCAACGUAUUUAAUGUCAAAGGGCGCCCUGUCGUCGCAAAAUGCCACCAAACAGGGGCUUAUACAGCAAAUACUCGCCUAUUGGAAGACAAAAUACAUCACAACCCCCGCCCAGGAGGCACUGAGCCCCCCAAGCACCACCACAACACACGAGAAUGCUCUCAAACGCACCCCCCAAAAACAUCCCGAAGAAGCCCCAGUGAAUGUCCUUUCGCGCGAAUUUACUUCGUGGUUCUACAAGAAACUCAACACGAGCUCCCUGACGCAGGAGGAUCUCUGGCCAGAUGCCUUCUGCGCCAUACGCCUCGUACAGAAUGACUCUGUAACGGAUGAGAGUGCCGAGGGGCGGGAAGGUGUUCUCGAGAAGCUCCUCAGUACACGACAAACGUACAAUUUCACCUUCAACCCAAAUGUCCAGCAUGCAGGUGUUCAGGGACGCAUCAGCCCCCACGGAUUGGUCCUCGUGGUUGCCUGUGGGACCCUCCACAUUGGCAAUCGAUGGGUGGGUGUGUUCGAGAGUGCCUUUGGCCUUGUGCAGGAUCCCUCUGCGGGCCCAAAUCACUGGAAAUGCAAACACCUGAAGAUUGAGCUGAGAAGCACACAGCAGGAAUCUCUGCCAACGCUUCAGGAAUGCAAUUCCAUCAGAGACAUCAUUGAGCUACCAGCUGAUGACAGAUUGAGUCUUCUACCAAAUUGAUUUGUUUUUUUUGUCUUCUGAAAAUUGAAAUUUUGAGAAGGAAAAUUCAAGAAAAUUGCUACAGAAUUGAUGUAAAAUUAAUAAUUUUUUUAUUUGUAAGGAAUAAAAGCUUUUUAAUUGUGAAAA